AUGGCGCUAGGAAGUUCCGCUCCAGAAAUCCUGCUCUCCAUCAUCGAAAUCGUCCUGGCAUGGAUCUCUCCGGACGUCGUCGAGCUCUGGGAAGCCAUCCUGACGCUAUUGUUCUUCGGCAUCCUCGUCAUAGCUUCUUACUGUGUUGACAUCGAGAUUUGGAAUAAGAACAAGAAGGCAAAUCUGGAGACGGAAUUGCAGGAUAUUGAGGACCGUACCUCUAAGAAACCGUCGAAGAAUCUUGACGUCGAAAUUCGGAAUGUUGCACGACGACUCAGUUAUGUUGAUGGGGAGUCAGUCCUCGACGCUCUUCCGGCUCCAGAAGAGGGUGACGUCCGGAAAAUGGCCCGAGAUGUCGCUCGAGUCUACCCAGGGCUUGAAGCCGAUGACCAGGCCAAGAUUCUGGCGUACCGGCUAAACCAGAAUAAGGUCCGCGACCGUCUCUACUACCGUAUUCGCGCCAUUCGUCAAUUGACGUCUUCCUGGAAGAAGACGGACGAGGAGAAGGAAGUCCAGGAAUUGGAGGAGAAAGAAGCGGUCAGCCCGGAUCAUACGUCUCAAAAAUUGAAGCCGCGCAUCGAGUUCACGGCACGUGUCUACGCUGUCUAUCCUCAAGAUAAGAAGGUCAAGCUGUCGGUGAUCCGCAGAGGUAACAGUGACGCAGCCCUGACGCUGAACUACAGUACCGUGGAUGGCAUUGGCAAGAAGGAUUUGCACUAUUUACCUAAAAUCGAAAACCUGCGCUUCGCACCCCAGGAAAUGCAAAAAGACAUCGUCAUCGAUUUGGUCGAUGGAGCGGAUUGGAGGCCAAACACCGUUUUUUAUGUUCAUCUCAAAAUUGUGGACCAGGACGAGGGCGGCAAAACGAAGCUUGGUGAAUGCAAUAUCGCUCACGUCAAAUGUCCCGAGGAUACGACGUCAUUUAGUGGAACGCCGAAUGUUGAAUUUGUCAAGGGCAACUAUGUUUGCAAAGAAAACUGUGGCUGGGUGCGGGUCUUCAUCACAAAGAGGGGAAAGACCAAGGCUCCACAUGACGUUGGCGUACGCUUCGAAACUGAAGACAUCACGGCAAAUGCCAAUGAAGAUUAUGUUCCGUACAAGAAUGCGUUGUUAUAUUUCAAGGGACAAGAAUACGAAAAAUACAUCGAUGUUGAAGUCGUUGAUGACAAGGAUGAUGAAAAAGAUGAAACCUUUUCGGUCGAGCUGCUAGGAACUGAGGAUCGGGAAACUACAAUCGGAAACAAAAAACGCACAAUCGUGACAAUCAUUUCGGACGACAAUGUCUUGAAGAACAUAACAAAUACCAGAAAAUUGGUCGGCUACUAUUUGAAGCGAAUGACGCCUGGACAGGCAACGUGGCGUGAACAAAUCAUCAACGCCGCUUCGGUGAAUUCUGGAGAUGUCGCCAACGCUACUGUACUCGAUUGCGUAUUGCAUGGAUUGGCUUUCCCGUGGAAGUUCGCCUUCGCCUUCGUCCCGCCGCCAAUGAUGAUGGGCGGCUGGUUGUGUUUCGUUGUCGCAUUAAUAGCCAUCGGAUUGGUGACGGCCGUCGUAGGCGACAUUGCUUCAAUCUUCGGUUGUAUGGUCGGAAUGCCGGACGCCAUCACGGCCAUUACAUUAGUAGCGCUUGGAACGUCACUGCCGGAUACUUUUGCGAGCAAAAUCGCUGCUGAAAACGAUGAUUCCGCUGAUAAUGCGGUCGGAAACGUGACCGGCUCGAACUCUGUGAACGUCUUCCUCGGUCUGGGUCUUCCCUGGUUGGUCGCCGCCUUCUACUGGUGCGACAAGGGCCAACCUUUCGUCGUGAAGGCUGGGGACCUAGGCUUUAGCGUUGCUGUUUUCACAGUCUUCUCCAUCAUCUUCCUCAUCGUCUUGUUCGCCUUCGCCUUCGUCCCGCCGCCAAUGAUGAUGGGCGGCUGGUUGUGUUUCGUUGUCGCAUUAAUAGCCAUCGGAUUGGUGACGGCCGUCGUAGGCGACAUUGCUUCAAUCUUCGGUUGUAUGGUCGGAAUGCCGGACGCCAUCACGGCCAUUACAUUAGUAGCGCUUGGAACGUCACUGCCGGAUACUUUUGCGAGCAAAAUCGCUGCUGAAAACGAUGAUUCCGCUGAUAAUGCGGUCGGAAACGUGACCGGCUCGAACUCUGUGAACGUCUUCCUCGGUCUGGGUCUUCCCUGGUUGGUCGCCGCCUUCUACUGGUGCGACAAGGGCCAACCUUUCGUCGUGAAGGCUGGGGACCUAGGCUUUAGCGUUGCUGUUUUCACAGUCUUCUCCAUCAUCUUCCUCAUCGUCUUGGUCGCCCGCAGAAUGCUGGCCGUUUUCGGAAAAGGAGAACUCGGCGGGCCACCAGUAUUG